GAACAAGUUGAAAUCCUCACAAAAAGAUAAAGUUCGCCAGUUUAUGAUCUUCACACAAUCUAGUGAAAAGACUGCAGUAAGUUGCCUGUCCCAGAAUGACUGGAAGCUAGAUGUUGCCACAGAUAACUUUUUCCAAAAUCCUGAACACUAUAUCCGAGAAAGUGUAAAAGGAACAUUGGACAGAAAAAAAUUAGAACAACUUUAUAACCGAUACAAAGACCCUCAGGAUGAAAAUAAAAUUGGAAUAGAUGGCAUCCAACAGUUUUGUGAUGAUUUAGCGCUUGACCCGGCCAGUGUCAGUGUGCUAAUUAUUGCAUGGAAAUUCAGAGCAGCCACACAGUGUGAAUUUUCCAAGCAGGAAUUUAUGGAUGGAAUGAUAGAAUUAGGACUUAGAGAUGGCCAUUGCCUACUGGAAUUUAGUACUAAAUGGACGUUUCAAAUUCCUAGACUUAUGGAACAAGUUUUUAUUGGU